AAAUAAACAAACACAUGCAAAUUAGAGAGUCAUCAAUAGCCAACUGCUAUCAAGGUAUAAAAUAGGCAAGUUUUCCUUUCCAGCACCAUUCCAUUCUCAGAGUCAGAAGAAAAACUAAAUAUAACUCAGAAAACAAGCCAUUCUUCUUUUUCAUAUUCAUCAGUGAGCUCUUUUUUACUUGCUUCUUCUUAGUUUAAUACAUUUCUUCUACAAAGAAAAACACUGUUAGAUUAGAUAUAGUUCCUGGGGUUCUGAAAUUGUUGCACAAAGAACCAUUCUCUGGUGUGAGUCCAUCAUAGCAGAUUGCAUAUGCAUUAGCUUUCAAGAAGAGAAAGGUUUUCUGGAUUUUGGUGAGUUUGAUCUCAAGUGACAAAAGUUGUUACCUUCAAUAUUGGUUGUACUGGGUGGCAGCAACAAUGGAGGGGGGUGAUAUAUACAGAGCUGGUCACAGUCUCCGAGCGAAUAGUACUUCAGUCUGGAGAAACAGUACAAUGGAGGCUUUCUCGAGAUCCUCGCGGCAUGAAGAAGAUGAUGAAGAGGCUCUGAAAUGGGCUGCACUUGAGAAACUCCCUACAUACAACCGUCUCAGGAAAGGGUUGUUGGCCACAUCUCGUGGAGCUGCCAAUCAGAUUGAUGUAUCUGAUCUUGGAUUUCAAGAAAGACAGAAACUUUUGGAUAAGUUGAUCAAGGUUGCUGAAGAGGACAAUGAGAAGUUUUUGUUGAAGCUCAAGGAAAGAAUUGAUAGAGUUGGGAUUGAUAUACCAACAAUUGAAGUUCGAUAUGAGCACUUAAAUGUUGAGGCAGAGGCUUAUGUGGGAAGCAGAGCUUUGCCCAGUUUUGUGAACUUCGCUACCAAUAUAGUGGAGAGUUUAUUUACUUCACUCCAUAUCCUCUCAACCAAAAAGAGACAUGUGACUAUCCUCAAAGAUGUUAGUGGAAUCAUCAAACCUCGAAGGAUGACACUCCUUCUUGGUCCUCCAGGUUCUGGAAAGACCACACUCCUUCUGGCCAUGUCAGGAAAGCUUGAUCCAAAUCUAAAGGUAUCUGGAAGAGUUACCUAUAAUGGUCACGAAUUGAACGAGUUUGUACCUCAGAGAACCGCUGCCUAUAUCAGCCAGCAUGAUGUUCACAUUGGAGAAAUGACUGUGAGGGAAACCUUGGCUUUCUCGGCAAGGUGCCAAGGGGUUGGAUCGCGCUAUGACUUGCUAGCUGAGCUCUCUAGAAGAGAAAAGGAAGCAAAUAUUAAGCCAGAUCCGUACCUUGAUGUCUUCAUGAAGGCGGCUACAACUGGAGGCCAGGAAGCAAACAUAGUAACAGAUUAUGUACUGAAGAUUUUGGGGUUAGAUAUAUGUGCUGAUACAAUGGUGGGGGAUGAAAUGCUGCGAGGUAUCUCUGGAGGACAAAGAAAGCGGGUUACUACAGGGGAGAUGCUGGUUGGACCAGCAAAUGCUCUGUUUAUGGAUGAAAUAUCCACUGGCUUGGACAGUUCCACAACUUUUCAAAUUGUGAGCUCUUUGAGGCAAUACGUUCACAUUCUUAAUGGAACUGCAGUUAUCUCACUGCUCCAGCCAGCACCAGAGACUUUUGAGCUCUUUGAUGAUAUCAUUCUUAUAUCUGAUGGCCAAAUCGUCUACCAAGGACCCCGUGAGUUUGUUCUCGAUUUUUUCGAAACUCUUGGCUUCAAAUGUCCUGAGAGGAAAGGUGCUGCUGACUUCCUUCAAGAAGUAACUUCAAAAAAGGAUCAAGAGCAGUACUGGGUGCGCAGAGAUGAACCCUACAGAUUUGUAACUGUAACUCAAUUCGCCGAGGCGUUUCAGGCAUUCCAUGUUGGGAGGAAAAGUGGAGAUGAGCUUGGAAUUCCCUUCGACAAGUCUAAGAGUCACCCAGCUGCAUUAGUCAAAAAACAAUAUGGUAUUAACAAGAAGGAACUUUUAAAAGCUAACUUCUCGCGAGAGUACUUGCUGAUGAAAAGGAAUUCUUUUGUGUACAUCUUCAAGAUAUGUCAGCUUACUUUCAUGGCAAUAAUGACAAUGACACUAUUUCUACGAACGGAGAUGCACCGGGAUUCCUUAGAUGACGGAAGUGUCUUCUCUGGUGCUCUAUUUUUUGCGCUAGGAACGAUUAUGUUUAAUGGAAUGGCUGAGAUUUCAAUGUCCAUUGCAAAGCUUCCUAUUUUCUACAAGCAACGAGACCUGCUAUUUUAUCCCUCCUGGGCAUAUGCCAUACCUAACUGGAUCCUCAAGAUUCCUGUUACAUUUGUGGAAGUAGCUGUUUGGGUAUUUCUCACCUACUAUGUAAUUGGGUUUGAUCCAAAUGCUUUGAGAUUUGUGAAGCAGUAUGCUCUGCUAUUACUCGUAAACCAAAUGGCUUCUGGAUUGUUCAGAGCUAUUGCAGCACUUGGUAGAAACAUGAUUGUUGCUAAUACAUUUGGGUCAUUUGCACUUCUCAUGCUUAUUACAUUGGGUGGCUUCAUUCUAUCUAGAAAGGAUAUCAAGGGCUGGUGGAUUUGGGGUUACUGGACUUCACCUUUAAUGUACGGGCAGAAUGCUAUAAUGACAAAUGAAUUUCUUGGAAACAGUUGGAGCCAUUUUACCAAAAACUCAAAUAAGUCACUGGGACUUCAAGCUUUAGAGUCUCGCGGGUUCUUUACACAUGCAUAUUGGUAUUGGAUAGGGAUUGGGGCAUUGACUGGGUUCAUGUUCCUUUACAACAUUAUAUACACUCUGGCUCUCACUUUCCUUAAUCCAUUUGACAAGGCACAGGCGACAAUAAAUGAAGAAUCAGAAGACAAUACACCUAAUGGCCGAGCCCCAGAAGUUGAAUUACCACGCAUAGAAAGUUCAGGAAAUGCUGAUAGUGCUGUGGAUUCUAGCCACGGUAGGAAAAGAGGAAUGGUUCUUCCUUUUGAACCACAUUCUAUCGCCUUUGAUGAUGUUGUAUACUCUGUUGACAUGCCGCAGGAAAUGAGGGAUCAAGGUGUAAUGGAGGAUAGGUUAGUUCUUUUGAAGGGUGUAAGUGGUGCAUUCAGGCCGGGAGUUCUCACAGCAUUGAUGGGUGUAAGUGGAGCUGGUAAAACUACUUUGAUGGAUGUUUUAGCUGGUAGGAAAACUGGUGGGCAUAUUGAUGGGAGCGUAAAAGUUUCUGGCUACCCAAAAAACCAAGAAACAUUUGCUCGAAUCUCUGGUUAUUGUGAGCAGAAUGAUAUCCACUCUCCCCAAGUUACUGUCUAUGAGUCCUUGCUCUACUCGGCAUGGCUUCGUUUACCAGCAGAAGUUGAUUCCAAUACUAGAAAGACAUUCAUUGAGGAAGUUAUUGAACUAGUGGAGCUAAACCCAUUGAGGAACUCACUGGUUGGUUUGCCUGGUGUGAGUGGUCUCUCAACUGAACAGAGGAAAAGACUAACUAUUGCAGUUGAAUUAGUGGCAAAUCCUUCCAUAAUUUUCAUGGAUGAGCCUACAUCUGGGUUAGAUGCUAGAGCUGCUGCUAUUGUUAUGAGAACUGUGAGGAACACUGUUGACACAGGAAGAACAGUUGUUUGCACCAUCCAUCAACCAAGUAUUGACAUAUUUGAAGCUUUUGAUGAGUUAUUCCUAAUGAAGCGUGGAGGACAAGAAAUCUAUGUUGGGCCAUUGGGUCGUCAUUCUAGCAAACUGAUCGAGUAUUUUGAGAGCAUUGAAGGGGUUAAUAAAAUCAAAGAUGGCUACAAUCCAGCAACUUGGAUGUUGGAAGUUACAAGUUCAGCACAAGAAGUUACUAUAGGUGUUGAUUUUCAUCAGACCUACAAAAAUUCUGAGCUGUACAGGAGAAACAAGCAACUUAUAGCAGAACUGGGCAUACCUGCUCCUGGUUCAAAUGAUCUUUAUUUCCCUACUCAAUACUCACAGUCAUUUUUGGUCCAAUGCUUGGCAUGCUUAUGGAAACAGCACUGGUCAUAUUGGCGCAACCCACCGUACACUGCUGUGAGGUUUUUCUUCACUACUUUCAUAGCCUUGAUAUUUGGAACAAUGUUCUGGGAUCUCGGAGGCAAAUACAAAAAUAGACAAGAUCUGUUUAAUGCGUUGGGUUCGAUGUAUACUGCUGUUCUCUUCCUCGGAAUCCAGAAUUCUGCCUCAGUACAACCCGUGGUAGCUGUUGAAAGAACUGUGUUUUAUAGAGAAAGAGCUGCUGGAAUGUAUUCUGCCUUACCCUAUGCACUUGCACAGGUUAUCAUAGAGAUACCUUAUGUUUUUGCCCAAGCUUUAUCAUACGGCCUCAUAGUUUAUGCCAUGAUGGGAUUUGAGUGGACUGUCGAGAAAUUCUUUUGGUAUUUGUUCUUCAUGUUCUUCACAUUGUGCUACUUCACCUACUACGGCAUGAUGACUGUGGCUGUUACCCCAAAUCACCAUGUUGCUUCAAUUGUGGCCGCUGCAUUUUAUGCAAUUUGGAACCUCUUUUCAGGAUUUGUCGUCCCACGACCAAGGAUUCCUGUGUGGUGGAGGUGGUACUACUGGGCAUGUCCUGUGGCUUGGACUAUCUAUGGGAUGGUUGCGUCGCAGUUUGGAGAUAUAGAGCACAUACUGGAAUCAGAUGAUGUGUCAGUCAAGGAGUUCAUUAGGAGUUAUUUUGGUAUGAAACAUGACUUCAUAGGAGUUUGUGCAGUUGUGGUUGUUGGGUUUGCAGUGGGCUUUGCAUUUAUCUUUGCAGUCUCAAUCAAGGUCUUCAACUUCCAAAGACGUUAGAUUAGACUCUUUCAGCCAACUUGAAGGAUUUUUCACUUCUUAAAAUUUUCCAACUUUUUUCUGCUGUAAUAAUAUUCUUGUAUUGUAUCUAUCAUAUUAAGGUUGCAUUUUCCUAGGAAAUUUAAGUGUGUGUUUGUUUAGCCAUUGGAUUGGAUGUGAAUAUGUUUUUGCUCAAUCCAGCAACUUUGCUCAAUUGGAAAAGCUGUCUUGGAAAGCCAAAGAUGUUAGUUGAAUGUGUUUUCAACCGGAAACCAAACGCACUCUUGUCUCCGGUUUUGUACUAUUAUUUUAAAUCAAUGAAUAGCUUUUAAUCA